GAUGUUGGAAAUUGGUCGAGUUAUGUUCGGUGAUUGUGCGUUUGUAGCGCAUCAAAGAAGGCCUGCAGCUGGUCCAGAACCUACUAGGACUCAUUACAAUCCUGUUCCAUCCAUUAGGAAGAUGGAAAGGCAAAAGAAUGUACGAAUGAAUCAAGGACAAAGAGCUAAAAGGCCUACAGCACUGUAUAAUUCUCUUCCUAUAAGUAUGGCAAAUGGCGGACAUUUCGAUGCCUCUUCCGAUGACAACUCAACACCAACCCGUAGACGACGAGCUGUUAAUAGGGUUUUUCAAGAGUUUGCUGAUGAAACAUCAAUGCACGGUGUUCCAAAAAUUAUAAACGCAAAAAGUCUUCCCGCAAAAAUAUUUUGGUCUAUUAUCUGUCUAGCAGCUUUUGUCAUGUUUAUCUGGCAAACGGGUAUUCUUUUGGCUAGAUUUUAUUCUUACCCUAAAAAAGUUAACGUAGAAAUAGUACAAAGACCAGUCAGAUUUCCACAUGUAACUGUCUGCAAUUGUAAACCGCUUGAUAUGAUUGCCGUUAAUGUAAUUGAAAACCUACGAGACGGCGUAGAUAAUUCUGAAACUUUUGCAAAAUUUCCUUAUUUAUCUGAUUUUGCUGAAAAAUAUACUAAAUAUCAGGAGCAAGUCUUUAAGUUUAUGUUUACUACCACCUUUAUCGACAGGCGUAUAGACGGCAAUGACACCUUUCCUCCACAAGAUUAUCAGUAUGGUGAACCGGACAAUUUUACUUUUCAGGAAUAUCCACAAGAAACUGAUAUGAAUUUCACAGGCGGAUUGGAUACAGAUUUAGAAGAGCAACAGCGUAGGCGGACCGAAUAUUUAAAGUAUCUCAAUUCAAAGAUGGGAUUAGCAGCAAAUAUCGGUUCAGAAGUAAUUUUCUCCGCUGGUAUUCAACUGAAGGAAUUUAUUGUACAUUGUAAUUUUAUGAAUAGGGAUUGUAACGAUGAAAUUGCUAAGCACAUCUUUGUUAAAAAUUUUAAUGAAAUAUUCUUUAACUGUUUUACUUUUGCACCCGAAAGGAUUAUGGAGAAUACUGCUACUAGAUUACAUGGUGUUGAGCAAGGAUUAAAUCUCCUUCUUUUCACGGGAAGUGGGGGAACUGUGGAAGCCGCAAGCCAUUAUGUAACUCCAGGAAUAACAGAAACAGAUUCACCGUUAUCUGGAACUACAGGUUAG